AUGGGCGCACAACAUACCAAGGAGCGUCCGCGUCGUACAUAUCACCCGAAACUUGAUCAUGAAUUGCAAAUAAACACACCUACAUCUUGGAUCCAAAAUCACAACCCUACAACGAACUUCAAAGUUUCUGUAGCGCACACAUCUCAGAUAAAUCAACCCAGUGAUCAACUAUUAAUAGCUUUGUUUGAUUUCAUUCCACCAAAUACACCAGAAAACCAGUCACAAAUUAGAGUAGAGAAAGGCGAUCGUCUACAGCUGUUUGGUUACAGUGCAGAUGGUGAUUGGUCAGACGUUGAAUGUAUACGAACUAAUGAACGUGGUUGGAUACCAACAAACUAUACAGGUCGCAUUCCUGUUCCUCCUAAUGAUCACGGUACAGCUUUGAAUACUGGAUCAGCUUCCGGCAGUUCACUUACUUUCCAACAUACUAGUAGUCACGAUGUUAGUUGUAGUGGUAGUCAAGGAAGUUUGGCUGGAGUAGGACUGGAGUCAGAAAAGUGGUAUCAUGGUGCUAUUCAGCGAAGUUAUGCAGAGUAUUUACUCAAUAGUGGAAUCACAGGAAGUUUUCUCAUCAGGGAAUCAGAAAGUCAUCCAGGUCAGCUCACAAUAAGUCUUCGUUAUGAAGGACAGAUAUGGCAUUAUCGUAUCCAUCGUGAUGAUUCUAACAUGUAUUACGUUAUUGAAUCCAACAAGUUUACAUCAGUCUCUGACCUUGUACAUCAUCAUGAGAAGCAUUCAGAUGGUCUGGCCUGUACAUUAUUAUACCCAGCACCUAAACGAGACAGAACAAGUUCAGAGCUACGCAUGGAUCCCAGUUUCGAUAUACGUGAGAUAGAUCGUACCGAAAUAGUUAUGAAACAUAAAUUAGGAUCAGGACAGUAUGGUGUAGUAUAUGAGGCUGUAUGGAAACCUUAUAAUGUAUUAGUUGCUGUUAAAACACUUAAGGAAAAUGUCACAGUUCGUGAUGAAUUUUUAGAAGAGGCUCGUUUGAUGAAAAGCUUAAGACAUCCAAAUCUUGUGACUUUGUUAGGUGCAUGUACUCGGGAACCACCUUAUUAUAUUGUCACAGAAUUUAUGUGUAAUGGGAACUUGUUAGAUUAUUUGCGUACACAUCCUAGAACAGAAUUAACACCUUCAGUUUUAUUACAUAUGGCAACUCAAGUUGCUAGAGGUAUGGCUUAUUUGGAACAACACAACUUUAUACAUCGUGAUUUAGCAGCCCGCAAUUGUCUAGUUGGCACACAACAUACCAUUAAAGUGGCAGAUUUUGGUUUAGCUCGUUGUAUAGAACGUGAUCUUACUUAUCGAGCUCAUGAAGGCGCUAAAUUUCCUAUAAAAUGGACAGCACCAGAAGGUUUAGUCUAUAAUCUGUUUUCAACUAAAUCAGAUGUAUGGGCAUUUGGUAUAUUGUUAUGGGAAAUUGCCACCUAUGGAAAAACACCAUAUCCAGGUGUUGAAUUACAAGAUGUUUAUGUUUUAUUAGAAAGAGGUACACGGAUGCUUUGUCCUGAAGGUUGCCCUGAACCAGUUUAUGAACUUAUGUUACAAUGUUGGCAAUGGCUUCCAGAACAACGCCCACCAUUUUCUGAUAUAUUAAGUCAAUUGGAAUCUAUGCCAACCAAUUCUACAAUGGAAGAAGAAGAACAAAUCGAUUUUGAUAUAACUUCUACUACAUCGUCAUCAUCGUUAUUAUUAAAUAACAAUGAAAUAAAGGUGAUCAACUCUAGCGAGCCAAACAGAUCCACUAAACAUCCACCUAAUAUUGCAUAUCCCCGACCGCCACUGCCUCCUAGACCACCCCCACCAAGAAGAAGCACCAGUUGCGAUUAUUUAAUUGAUGAGAAUGAUGAUAAUCAAUUUGAUAUGAUUAAAGAGGAUUGUAAAUCCGAUUUGGGUAGUGAUAUACCAGUAAAUGCUAUAAAUAAUAACAAUAAUGUUAACCACAAAUCUCAUAAAGGUAUAUUUACAAGGAGUUUUAAGAAUCCCCUUUCGAAACAAUUACAUAUUGGUGAUUUAAGUACUGAUGAGUUUGGUACUGCUGAAAAAGAUCUACCAUUUACAAACUCAGGAUCUCUUGGGCGUAAAAGAACUGCACCGCGACCACCAAGACGUACUACACCAGUUAAACCGUUGAAUUUCUUAACUGAUUUCAAUUCAUUAGAAGAUAAUAGUUGUGUUUACCCGAAUUCCCAUCUGGAUGACUUUGAUCAUCCACCACUGCCACCCCCACCAGUUCAUCUUGAUUCUAGUCAUCAUCAAAUACAUCAACCCCGAUCACAACAACAUCCUCGUCUAGCCCCACAGCCUAAUAAUGGUUCAUUACCAAAUAACUCGAACUCAACACCAUUUUCGGUGCCAUCAGUUAUGAGUAGUUCUGCAAUUUUCCCAUCUUCUCGUCAAUUUUCAUAUGUGGAUCCCAUUCCGUUAGAUAACAGCCUGACAAGAUCAAUUUGUCCUGAUCGUCUAAUAUCACCACUUGCUCCUCCCACACCAGGUAAACAUAUUCAGCUUUCUUCAAAGUCACCAGCUUUAUCGAAAACCACUGUAAAUUCGGAUUUAUCUAACAAAACUAAUCCCGUUGUAGAUCAUUCCCACAAUAAGCGCAGUAUAGAUUCUAAUUUUCUUAAUGAAUCUUAUUCAGGGAAUAAUGUUUCUUCUAAGCAAAAUGUUCAUCCUACCAAUGUUUCAUCAUCUGUCUUUCAAGAGGAAUUACGAGAUAGAUUAAAAAAGCAUUCUCAACAGCUUAAAAGUUCAUCUCAGCUGAAACCGAUUACAUCUAAAUCUAUACUAAAUAAUUCACCUAGUAAUGUUACGAAUUCAGUGCUGCGUAAUCAGGAAAAAAGUGAUUCAAAAUCAUCGGUUUCUAAUUCUUCCCCUUACUUCACUAUCCCCCGAUUAAGACCACCACCACACUCUGCGAAUCCACCUCGGAUAUCCUCGAAUAAUACUUCUGGAUCCAGUAACAAUCAAACAUCAACACGUGGAAAAGUGGAGCCUCCAUGUUGUCCUUCAGAAUUGAUCCGAUCACUUGCAUCGACUCAGAUCAAAAAUGAUAAUAGUUCUAAUUCAACUGUCACUACGACCAGCAAGUUGCCCACAAAUAUCAAUAGUAAUGAUAACAAUUCCCCAAAACCUCAUUUCAAAAGGUCUGAAAAUGAAAUCUCUGAUAAAUUAUCUGAUAUAAUACAAAAGCGUUUAAGUUGGACUGGUCCAACUGAUGAUAGUUCAGCUGGUAAUCAAAAGCGGUCCCAACGAUUAUAUCUACCUACUAUAUUUUCUACAUCAUCUACAGCAUUGGACGAGACUAAUGGUAAUAAUCACUGUGUUCCACCAACAAAACACCACUUGAAAAAGCAUUUAUCAAAUAUUUUAGGAGACUUAGAACGUUUGAUUCGUAUGAAUGAUAAAAAAAUUCCUGGAAAUAUUAUUUCCUCUCCCUCGUCCGCUGCCAUUUCAUCAUCAUCGUCAUCAAAUUUAGAACAGUUAAUUGAGUUAGCAGAUCAAAUGGAAGCAUGUCGACUUAGUUGUUCUGCAUAUAUUGAUCAGGCUACAUGUUCAGCUCGAGCAAAAUUUAAUUUUCGUGAUCGAUUCGCAUGUUUACAAACAUUUAGCAGUUUAUUACGUUCUAAAAAACUCGAUUCUACUUGUAAUAAUAAUACUAAUAAUCUAAGUAAGUACAAUAAAAAUAAUGCAAAUUUAUUAAAAGACGCAGAGAAUGCCAUCAAAGAAAUUAUUAAUGAUUUAGACAAACUAACCGAUAAUGUAAAUACAACAUUAUCAUUAGAUACUACAUUGAAUAAUUCAAAUUUCCCAGAACAUAAACCUAAUUCAAAUUUAGUAACAUCUAAUCAAUCCAAUUUAACUUGUACAGAAAAUCUUAGUAUUACUGACAAUAGAAGCGCUACAGUUUUCACUUGA